AUGACCAGCAAUGCGACAGGGUCUGCCCUUUCACCGCCACACUCGCCCCCACAGCCAAUCUCGACCUCUACCUCACGUCCGCUACAACAUGUCUCCACCAAGACAGCGGACGCGUCCGGGGCUCCCGCCACAAGUGCGUCAACCGGCAACCCUGCACCGCCGCCAGACUUGCGCCAGAGCACUAGGGCCAUGCGAGCAGCUGCCCAGGGAUCAGAGCCCCUACACCCGCCAGUGGUUGCGUCCAACCCCAACGAACACGACUCACUCAAGUACCAUCUACUAGGGCCCUCGCUCACGAAAGCUGGCCAGGACACAGUCGACCAGCAAAAGGUCUCAGAGAUCAUAUACAACGCGUCGAAAGGGUCCAAGUUCUUCAACAACGAGGAAGUCAAGGACAAGAACCUCACAGAGAAGAUCUCAAAGAUCUUGGCGAAGAAAAGCCAGCUAGAGAAGCUCGAUCUCUCGUCAGAUCUGCGCCGUGCGGACGACUACAUUGCAGAGCUAGAGCUCAGUCGAGACCUGAGCCAGACUGUGGUACACCUAGAUUGCGAUGCUUUCUACGCAGCAGUGGAGGAGCUGGACAGUCCUGAGCUCAAAGAAGUUCCCAUGGCUGUGGGCAAGGGAGUGCUGACCACCUGCAACUACCACGCGAGGAAGUUUGGGUGUCGGUCGGGCAUGGCAGGCUUUGUUGCCAUGAAGCUCUGUCCUCAGCUCAUUUGCGUGCCACUAAACUUCUCAAAGUACAUGGCGAAAGCACAGGAGGUUCGCGAAGUGUUGGCUUUAUAUGAUCCAAAUUUCGAGAGCGCCAGCUGCGACGAAGCUUAUCUCAACAUCACACAGUACUGCGAGGACCAUCAUAUGGGUCCAGAGGAAGUCGUCAGUCAGCUGCGGGCCGAUGUCUUCGAGAAGGCGAAGAUCACCGUAUCUGCAGGAAUCGCGGCCAACGCUAAGCUGGCCAAAAUUGGAUCGAACAAGAACAAGCCCAACGGGCAAUUUUUCUUACCGAGUGACAGACAGACCAUCAUGGAAUUCAUGAAGUCUAUGCCGACUCGAAAGGUGAACGGCAUCGGCCGUGUUUUCGAGCGAGAGCUAGACGCGAUUGGUGUCAAAACCUGCGGAGAUAUUUACGCGCAACGAGGCUACCUAGCUCAGCUUUUCGGUCAGAAAGGAUUCCAAUUCUUGAUGCAUUGCUACCUAGGUUUGGGACGCACCAAGAUCCAACAAGCAGAAGAGUCUCAUCGCAAAAGUGUUGGCACCGAGACUACUUUCAGAGAACUAGGGUCGCCGGAUGCUUUGCGUGAGAAAUUGCGGUGGGUAGCCGACGAGCUCGAAGGGGAUUUAAAGCGUACCGAGUACAAGGGCAGAACGCUUUGCAUCAAGGUCAAGCUACACACAUACGAAGUCCAUACACGCCAGACCACGCCACCUUUUGCAGUCUAUCGUGCAGAUGAUCUGUACAAGUACAGUCUGCCAAUGCUGGAAAAGUUGAUGAAAGAGAUCCCUAAUAUGAAGCUACGACUAAUGGGUUUGAGGGUCACGCACAUUAUCAGUACCAAGAAGCCUGGAAUCGACUUUUUCGGGCGUAACCGUUUGAAUGGAAACACUCCAACAAAAAAGCGAAUCAACCGGACUGGUGGGGAGUGGGAGGUCUGGCCAGAACAGGACUUUGAGGAAGCGGCAGCGCAAGAACGUAACGACGAGAUGAACGAGCUAGAGCAGCUGUCCCAGGAAUACGAAAGAAUCCAAAUACGGGAGGAUGCUGGAAUAGGCACCACUCCCAAAUCGGAGCCUGUUCUAGACGAGCAAUGGACGUGUCCAAUUUGCACUCUCCCACAGCCGCCAGACGAUAGCACGUUCAAUGCGCACAUUGACUUUUGCCUUUCACGCGAUACUAUCAAGGAAGCUGUCAAGGCUACAGCACCAACGCCAUCAACAGCUUUUGACAGACAGCCCGGCAUCUCGAAGCCGCUGCAGAAGAAGGUGAAGAGAGGUCGUCCAAAAAACGAGCCACAGCCGUCAGAAGAGCAAGCGCGCGAGAAGCGACGAGCGUUCUUCUCGCCGGGAGCAUCUUGA